AAAUUUAUAUUCAAAGUGGUUAUGUACUGGAUGAUGGAUCAAAAUAGUAAACAAAGUAAACUAAAAUAUUAUGUAAACUAAACAUACAAUCGUUUAAUUGCAUGAGUUGUGAAGUAAACUUUGCAUUAUAAUAAUAUAUUGUUUUGAGGUUUGCAUAAGUUUACUUACAAUAAUUAUUGAUGAAAAGUAGAUUGCGGUGAAUAAGUCCAGAGAUAUAUUUUAGGUUUCCAAAUAUGCCUCAGAUAUUUCAAGUUUUACGAUGUUAUAAGUGUUUUAUAUUUCAAACACAUCAAACAAAAAAAAGUAAUAGAUGGGAUUGCAAGAUGUGUGGUGAAAAACAAUCAAUAAAGCGACAUUAUGGCAUUGGAACAGGUAAAGAAUGCAGAUUGCAUGUACAGAAAUUAAAUAAAAUGCAAGCUGAAAAAACUAAUAUGCCUAAAAUAGAAAUAGAAGAAGAAGAGGAGGAGGAAGAAGAAGAAGUGGAGAAUAAACUUAAAAUUUCUAAUACUCUUGAUAAUAAAAUUAAUAAAAGUAAGUGGUCUAAUUAUAUAAAUGAAUCCAAAGAAAAAGAUGAAACAAGCGAGCCUAUGUAUCUCAAUGAUCAGGAAGUAGUUCUAGAAAUACCAAAAAAAACAAGAUUGGUAAAGCGCAAAAUAAAUAGACAAAGAUAUUUGGACAAUCAUAACCCUGAUUCCAUGAAUUUAGAUAAUGUUUGCAGUGAAGAAAAAAUUAAAACACAAGAACUAGGUUGUAGUGGAUUAUCAGAAAAGAAUAUAAAAAUACCUAUUUUCAAUAAUUCCUCAUCUUUCCAAAAAAUUAAAUCGGAACCAGUGAAUUCAGAAACCAAAGCACCAAUUCAAUGCUUAGUAGACAUUGAGAAAAAUUCUUAUGAAAAUCAAUCAAAUGCUGCCUGUGUAUCUAAUACACUUAUUACAACAGCAAAACAUAAAUCAAAUAGUUUGAAAAAAGUUGCUGAAGCUUCAGAAUAUACUCCAGACAAAGUAAAAAAUUCUAAAUGGGCUCAGUACAUUGAAAUAGAAGAUAGUGUAAUAAAUACAGAUAUAAUUUCAAAUAUUGAGAACUCUGAAUGUCUCAUAAACAGUUCUCAAAUGAAUGUAGCUGCUGUAAAGGAUUUUUCACAAUCAUUGCUAAGCCAAGAUGAGAGUUGUGAAUCUCAAAAUAUCAAUAAAAAUUUAGAUACCAAAAUUCCGAUACAAGAAAAUAAAAUAACGAAAACCAAACAAGGAAACAAAUCUUUAUUUUCAAUGGUGGAUGAAGAUGAUUUAGACAGCAUUUUAGAUUUUUCAAUGUAACAAAUUAAAAUCUAAAUGAUGAACAUGAGUAAAAGGAAUAAAAUACAUGAUUUUUUUAA